AUGGAGAAGGGGACCAACUGCUUCCCGACCUGCCACACCAUUUUUCUCGCCUGGACAUGGUUUUUACUCCUCUCUUGGUGUUGCACUGGCGCCGAAAUAACUUGCAGAUCCUGCUCAUCUCCAUCGCCCUCCUGGCCGACCUCCUUGUCUCGCCUUAGGCAGGAGCAGCGACAGCCGCCGCCGCGGGGAUUACGGAGCUGGCCGGGCGGCGGAGCGCGGGGCUCGGCCGGGGCGGCGGCGGCCGCGGAGCCGGUGCCGGGCGCGGAGCCGGGGGGCCGUGCGGGGCCGCGGGGAGCGGCGCUCGGCGCGGCGGGGGCGGGAGGCGGCGCGCCCGGGGGCCGGGGCCCGGCGGCGCCGCGGCCCCGCCGGAGCAGCGAGGGGCGCCGGGGGGUGCCCGCGGCCGAGGGGCAGCGCGGCGGCCGCGCUCAGCCCCGCGGGCCCCCGGAGGACGCGAGAGCGGCGCGGCUGCGAGGGGCCGAGGAGCCGAGGCUGAGCAGCACCACCUUCGCGCUCACCGGGGAUGCGGCGCACAACCAAGCCAUGGUGCACUGGUCCGGGCACAACAGCAGCGUGAUUCUCAUUCUGACAAAGCUCUACGACUUCAACCUGGGGAGUGUUACGGAGAGUUCACUAUGGAGGUCAACAGACUAUGGCACUACCUAUGAAAAGCUAAAUGACAAAGUAGGCCUGAAGACUGUGCUGAGCUACCUAUAUGUCAGUCCCACUAACAAGAGAAAGAUCAUGCUUCUUAGCGAUCCAGAGGUUGAGAGCAGCAUCCUCAUCAGCUCUGAUGAAGGGGCUACCUACCAGAAGUACCGUUUGAACUUCUAUAUCCAGAGCUUGCUCUUCCACCCCAGGCAGGAGGAGUGGAUCUUGGCCUAUAGUCUGGAUCAAAAGCUGUACAGCUCUAUGGACUUUGGAAGAAAAUGGCAGCUCAUGCACGAGCGGGUCACCCCAAACAGGUUUUACUGGUCAGUGACCGGUUUGGAUAAAGAACCUGACCUUGUGCACAUGGAAGCCCGGGCAGCUGAUGGACACACCCACUAUUUGACCUGUCGGAUCCAAGAGUGCUCAGAGACCAAAAGGAGUGGGCCAUUUUCGCGCUCCAUUGAUGUCAGCUCCCUUGUUGUUCAGGAUGAAUAUAUCUUCAUCCAGGUGACAACUGGCGGAAGAGCAACUUACUACGUGUCAUACAGACGGGAGCCUUUUGCACAGAUAAAAUUGCCCAAAUACUCUCUUCCUAAGGAUAUGCACAUUAUCAGCACAGAUGAGAAUCAGGUCUUUGCAGCUGUUCAAGAGUGGAACCAGAAUGAUACAUAUAACCUGUAUAUCUCGGACACUCGAGGGGUCUACUUCACCCUGGCCCUGGAAAAUGUGAAAAGCAGUCGAGGGCUGGAGGGGAAUAUCGUCAUUGACCUUUAUGAGGUAGCAGGGAUCAAAGGCAUAUUCCUGGCUAACAGGAAGAUAGAUGACCAAAUCAAGACUUUCAUUACCUACAACAAGGGCAGAGAUUGGCGUUUGCUGCAGGCACCGGACACUGAUCUAAGAGGGGAUCCUGUACUUUGCCAGCUGCCCUUUUGCUCAUUGCACUUGCGUCUGCAGCUCUCAGAGAAUCCAUAUACAUCAGGAAGCAUUUCCAGCAAAGAAACAGCUCCUGGGCUGCUGGUGGCCACAGGCAAUAUUGGCUCUGAGCUUUCCUACACUGAUGCUGGCGUGUUCAUCUCUUCUGAUGGUGGCAAUUCCUGGAGACAGAUCUUCGAGGAGGAAUACAAUGUAUGGUUUCUGGACUGGGGAGGGGCACUAGUGGCCAUGAAACACACAUCGGUGCCCAUUCGGCACAUGUGGAUGAGUUUUGAUGAGGGAAGAUCCUGGAGUAAAUACAGUUUCACAUCAACACCACUUUUUGUGGAUGGAUCACUUGUAGACCCUGGCAUAGAGACCCAGAUAAUGACAGUUUUUGGGCACUUCAGUCUCCGUUCUGAGUGGCAGCUGGUCAAGGUGGAUUACAAGUCUAUCUUCAGCCGAAGGUGUAACAAAGAUGACUACCAAACCUGGCAUCUGCACAAUCAGGGGGAGCCUUGUGUCAUGGGAGAGAGGAAGAUCUAUAAAAAACGCAAGCCUGGAGCCCAGUGUUGCCUAAGUCAGGAUUAUUCCCAAACUGUGGUGUCUGAACCGUGUGUCUGUGGUCAAGGAGACUUCGAGUGUGACUAUGGGUAUGAGAGGCACAGCAACAACCAGUGUAUCCCAGCCUUCUGGUUCAGCCCAUCCUCCCUGUCCAAGGAUUGCAGCAUUGGUCAGAACUACUGGAACAGCACUGGGUACCGAAGGAUUGUGUCUAACAACUGCACAGAUGGCUUGAGAGAGAAGUACAUGGCCAAGAUGGAGAAGUGCCCUGGAAAAGCACCUCGGGGACUGCACAUCCUCACUACUGAUGGAAAGCUGGUCAUGGAGCAGGGACACAAUGCCACCUUCAUCAUUCUUAUGGAAGAGGGUGAUCUCCAAAGGACAAACAUUCAGCUUGAUUUUGGAGACGGCAUUGCUGUAUCCUAUGCUAAUUUCAGCCCUGUUGAGGAUGGCAUCCGACAUGUGUAUAAGAAUGCUGGAAUCUUCCAGGUGACAGCAUAUGCAGAGAACAGCCUGGGCUCUGACACUGCUGUCCUCUUCCUGCAUGUGGUCUGUCCAGUGGAGCACGUCCAUCUGAGUGUUCCCUUUGUUGCCAUCAGAAAUAAGGAUGUCAACAUUACUGCUGUAGUUUGGCCCAGCCAGGCAGGCACACUUACCUACUUCUGGUGGUUUGGCAACAGCACCAAGCCCCUCAUCACCUUGGAGAGCAGCAUCUCGUACAUGUUCACUGUGGAGGGGUCGAACACUGUAACUGUGCAAGUUGCUGGAGGCAACACCCUCAUCCAAGACACCAAGGAGAUCGCAGUGCAUGAGUAUUUCCAAUCUCAACUCCUUUCAUUUUCUCCCAACUUGGAUUACCAUAACCCUGACAUCCCUGAAUGGAGACAAGACAUUGGGAAAGUCAUCAAGAGAGCACUAGUACAGGUGACUGGUAUCCCUGAUGAACAGAUCUUGGUAGCUUUGUUUCCUGGACUACCUACUUCUGCUGAACUGUUCAUACUGCCUCAUAAAAACACAACAGAGAGGAGGAAAAGCAGUGAGGCUGAUCUAGAGCAAGUGGUAGAAAUCCUUUUUAAUGCUCUCAACCAGAACCUGGUCCAGUUUGAACUGAAGCCUGGUGUUGAAGUCGUUGUGUAUGUUACUCAGUUAACAUUAGCACCCCUUGUUGAUUCCAGCUCGGGUCACAGCAGUUCUGCGAUGCUGAUGUUGCUGUCUGUGGUGUUUGUAGGCUUGGCUGUUUUUUUAAUCUACAAAUUCAAGAGGAAAAUCCCUUGGAUUAACAUCUAUGCCCAAGUUCAGCAUGAUAAGGAGCAGGAAAUGAUUGGCUCUGUCAGCCAAAGUGAAAAUGCCCCCAAAAUCACUCUGAGUGAGUUCACAGACCCUGAGGAGCUGAUGGACAAAGAGCUGGACACAAGAGUGAUGGGAAGCAUCUCAACAAUUGCCAACAGUGAAAGCACAAAGGAAAUCCCCAACUGCACUAGUGUUUAAUACUGAGAAUCCACUUGGUCUACAAUAUUUCUGACUUUUUAUUUGUAAUUAUUAUUGUUAUAAUUAUUAUUAUUAUUAUGAAAAAAGAAAGAGUUAUAUGUCAUUAUUAUCAUUUGGGAGGGGAUGGGGUGGGCUUUUUGUGUUUACCAGGGCUGCAUUCAUAAAUAGCAGGGGUUCUUCAUAUUUAGGAAAUACACAUCAGAUUAGAAAUAAAAAGCAAAGAAUGAGUCCAGUGUGCAAUGGGAUUUGAAUGCCUCCUGUUAAACACAGAACAGGAAUUAAGUAUUCAAAUCCAACAGAUAGGUAUUGUACCUUAGGCAACAUGUUGUAAGUAAAUUGUCCCUUUUCAGCCCUUUUCAAGCUAAGUCAUGAAUCAUCUACUUCAUUCUGCCAGAGGGUUCAGACUGGGCUGUUAGACCAGGCUCUGCAACAUGCCAACAUCCCUUGCUUCCCGAUGACGUGCAUGUCUCAGCUUUUUGCAGGAUCUUGCCUCUUUUAAUUGCUUUUAAUUUCAGUCACCCUCUGGCACUGUUGACUGCUGAGAAAGGAAAAAAAAAUCAGAGCAAACACACACAUCAGUGUUCCUUGGACUACAGACUGGCUGGAGGGGACAGCACCACAAGCAGUGGAGGAGCACGCCUGAAUUUAUGAAUGCAGCCUAAACCCUGUGCAUGUGAAUAGCGAGGAUGCUGAAGGCCUACUGUAGAUAAUUACAAUGUACAUAGCUUUUUAUUUCUUGGGAAAUAAUUUAAUGUUUAGUAAAAGAAGAUAUGUUUAAAACAGAACCUGAACCACACACACACACACACACAGACACACGCGCGUGUGUGCUCGUACACGUCAGCCAACCAGGGACCGUGGCUGAAUCACGCUUUGGUUCCAAGUGUGUUCCAGUUGUCUGUCAUAUUUCAAUCUGACACUGCUGUCUAUAAGCAGCAUAGUUUAUUUCUCUAUGUAUAACUGCAAGCCUUUUUUAACAUAUAUAUAUAUGGUGUCAUUUCCUAUGAUGGGGCAGAAGAUAUUAGUGGGACAGACUGUGAGCCUGUCAUAAAUAUUUUAACGAUGUUCAUCGUUUACUCAUCUCUGUCACUGUUGUCAACUUCUGAGAAGAAUCUUGGUGACAUUUGUUAGUGAAAAUGAGGAAAACAAUCAUGAAAUUA